AUGGUUAUCCCUCCACCAGCUAGAGCACCUGUAAUCACCAAGUUCCUGAAGCCCUAUAUUUUGAAGAUGCAUUUCACAAACAAUUUUGUGAGUGCUCAGGUCAUCCACACCCCGACGGCCACAGUCACAUGCUCUGCAAGCUCUCAGGAGAAACUGCUGAGGCCAAGCAUGGAGUCAACACGGGAUGUUGCUGCGGCUGCAAAGAUUGGGAAGUUGCUUGGGGAGCGCUUGCUGUUCAAGGGUAUCCCUGCAGUAUUUGUCUCCAUGUCAAGAGACCAGAAGUACCAUGGCAAGGUCAAGGCCGUGAUAGAUUCUCUUAGAGAUGCAGGUGUGAAAUUGCUAUGA